AUGAAUGCAUGGAUAUGCGUGGCUUAUUGGAGCAGAUGGACAGCACAGAGCGUGAUCUGUGAGGCUUGGCCAGAAACUUCGAGAGUAAUCCAAAGUACUGCUUCGCAGGCGAGCCAGGCAGCUGCAGCUGCCCAAGCAGAGGCACAAAGUUCUUUGCAAGCAGCCGUGGCACACCUGUCCAACGAACCCAAGGCCGCAAGUUUGAUCCCAACCUGGAUUUCUGAUGAUGAGUACAAGGACCUCGGAUAUCCACAGAUGGAUCCAAAGUUUAGAGAUAGAGAGUGGCACAGGAAGCAGCUUCAGCUUGACAGUACUGAUCCACGGCACAACCCGAACCUCAACCGCGACCAGAGCGACCCGGAGUUUUGGUAUCAUGCGGCUAGACGGCCGUUCAACAAGGCGCUGCUCCGGACAGAGCAACAUUGGAAUGCUCGUCGGGAAGUAUGGCUGAAGCAGUUUGAGCAGGUGAAGGACAUGAACCAGCGGCGAGAGCUUCUUACUGAGCUGCUCGAGGACAGCCCGGCAGACCUAAAACGUUUGGUAACGCCAAUCCUGCACUAUAGCAUCACCAUGAAUGUGCUGAUUGGCUUUCUUGAGAAGGCCGACAAAACCAGCCGAACCUUCGAGGAGGUGCUUUUGGAUGAGGAGAGCCUAAACGUGUUGCGGGGCAUCCGUGACAAAGUGGACGCCAAUGGUGACAAGGCUGCCGCAGAACUGCUCGAAGAGUACGAUGCCAGAUCGAGGCUACUGGCUUCUGAUCUGCAAGAGAAGAAGUUGGAAGAAGAGCAGGAGCGGCGAGUGGCAGAUGUCACCACACUGGCGCAGAUCAUGAACUGGGGCCAGAAAUGCAAGAAGGAUGGCCUCGUUGAGUGGGAGCAGGGAAACUACGCUGAAGCACGUGCCAGCUGGAGACAAGCGCAUGACACGCUGCGCCCUUUCAAGGCGGCAGACAAAGAAACGAAUGAGCUGCUGUUCGAACUUCAUGCGGCUGUUCUGAAGAACCUCGCGCAGGCGUGCAUGAAGCUCGGAUACUGGAACGAGGCAUCCAAGGUGUCAGCAAUCGCCACCCAGCUCUGCCCAGAAGAUCACAAGGCGUGGUUUCGGCGGGCAUGCGCCUUGGAAGGUUUGGGCGACCUUCUCGAGGCCGAAAGAUGCCUGCAAAAGAUCGACGAAUGUUCAGUCGGCCGACCCGAUCGCCUUCGUAUCGCAAAGGACAUCCAGGCCAAGCGUGAGAAGCUGCAAGCCCUGCGAGAGCGGGAGCAGGCAUCACUCAAGAAAACAAUGGAGAAGGCUCUCGGCAGGAGCGUGUUCAGCGAAGAGCGUCAGGUUGCUCAAACCGAAGCUGCUGCAAAUGACCUGCUUGAGUCGGACGCGCAACGACGAGCCUUGCCAACUCCGAACGGGCUAUUCCAGGACUCCAACCGCAAGCACUUGACACGAGAAGGUGCUAAGGACCUGCUGCAUGCUCUGCGUGACGCAUACAAAGACAGUACGUUUCAGAAGCAGGUCCUAAAGCUCGCACGUGAUGUUCGCGGUGAAAAGCGCCCCUUUCUCGCCAACCUCGCCAAAGUUGCGCUGCCUUUGCAGAAGCCCGUCUUGGAGAAGUUCGGCUUUGAACCCAGCGAGAAGGGGCUAAAAGAAAUGAUGCGAGCAGUACAGGACUACACACGUGGGCCGAAGGCGGACGAGAGAGUCAAGAGGGCCGCUGAUGAGACGACAGUCGCGCUCUACGGGGUCAUGUACGACACGCUCACUCUUCCAGACGACCGCGCCAUACGGCCACAGUUGGAGGCAAGACUUGGCCGAAACCACGACGAUGAAGACGGUGAAAGUUGA